AUGAGCCGUACCCUAUUCCCGACUUCUACAAUAACGGAAAGGUUCUCGCUGGAAGGCUUCCUAAUCCUCAAAGUGUUGGUGAUUUUGAGUGGUAUUUACAAUGCGCCACAGCGGAAAGGGCAGCUCAGAUCAACACACAAGAGGUCAAGGAAGACGACUGGGAUAAGAAUUCUGGUUUACCCUACGCCUCCACCACCAGGAUUCCUACACUUGUUGAGCUUCCAGAUCCAAUUUUUGAUGUCAGCAUCAGCCCCAGCUCAACUUCUGCCCCAUCGGGUCUGUACUUCGACCUCACCGUACCUGAUGUCAUUUCGUGGGUGGAUAAUGGGAACUGCCGGGUAUGUGGUGGAGGACGGUUUAUAUGCCCCGGUGGUCGAUGCCCGGGUCUGGCGAGACAUGUUUGGUAUUUUGAGAGGGUAA